AUGUCCGAACCCCCAGCAACAACAACAGGUGCAUCGCUAUCAACAGAAAAAGAUGCAGUAAAUAACAAUGCAACUCUGUCAAAUAGGUCAGAUGGAAAAAAAUUUGAAGGUGAUGGAGUUUCAUUUAGAGGUAAACUUAUUGGUACGAAAGAUUUGCCAGUUGAUCGUGAUGAAAAAAUUUGUCUCGAUUCCAUGUUCAUAUUAAAAUCUCUUGCACGUGCUCAUGGUGACCAUAAGCAAAAAAUUCAAUUAAAUUUAACGAUAACGGCUGUGAAAAUUAUUGAUGAUGCCACUAAAGCACAAAUUGCUAGUCAUGAACUCGAGCGUAUAUCUUUUGUUAUCAUUGAUCCACGUGAUUCACGUGCAUUUGGAUAUAUUUAUAAUACAUCUGACGAUCGUUAUCAAUUUUGGGCUAUAAAAACUGAACGAGCAGCUGUUGCGACCGCAAUUGUAUUAAAAGAACUUUUUGAAUUUGCCUUUGAACAAUUCAAAAAUGCUGAAGCAACGAAAGAAGCUAAUCAAACAAUCGUAACGGGAACACAGCCUCCACCCACGUCAUUGCCACAAGUAAUGUCUCCGGUGAAGAUUCCACGAGAGUCAGAAUGUAGGGUGUGA